UUUACAGGAUAUGUCUGUAUGUGAAGAUUCUAAAUACAUAACUUUCUAAGAACAGAGUAAGACAUAGCCUAUAACUGUAUAUUACUAUAAGCUUUAUUCUGCUAUUGCUGUAUUGGAAUUUACUUCUGUACUUGGAUAAUUUUUUUGUUGGUAUGGUAUCGUACCAUACUUUUGGAGAUUAUACCAAAACUUGAAGGAGUAUUUAACAAAGUACCGUACUGCAAUGGAAGAUCGCGAUGAUGAAAGAAGUAGUGGUAGUAGUUCUCAGAUGCUGGAUGUAGACUUUAAAAUGCUGAAUUCGAGAAAUGUGACGAACUCGCCUGGUAGUACCCAUUCUAAUGCUAGCCUAUCUUCAGAUUCUGCUUCAAAUGAAUCAAAAUCACAAGAAAAGAUAUGUGUUGUAUGUGGAGAUAUUGCCACAGGAACACAUUUCGCUGCAAUGACAUGUGAAGGGUGCAAAGGAUUCUUCCGUCGAUCAAUGAAGAAAUGUUCACAAUUUACUUGUGCAUUCGAAAAUCAGUGUUCAAUCAAUAAAUCCAACAGAAAACAUUGCCAAGCAUGUAGAUUGCAAAAAUGUCUUUCAGUUGGAAUGAAUUCUAAUCUUAUAAUGAGCGAUGAAAGCGUCAACAGAAAACGUGAACUCAUUCGUGCAAACAGAGAAAAGAAGGCUUUAUUGAGAUUAAAAAAAGAACAGGAAGAAAUGGAACAAAUUGAAAAGAAACUAGAAGCUUCUCCUCAACCUGAGGUUCAAAUGAUGGCAGAAGAUAAAGCUCUUAUUAAAAUGAUGUUGGAGAGCCAUAAUCAGAGUUAUGAUUUUAACUAUGAUGGAUAUGAAGGUUUCAGGGGAACAGAUGUUAUCCAAUCACCACCUGACCCAGAAGAAGUAAAGAAAACUCAUGUUACACUUGCAUGGCUUGUAGCAGGAGAUAAAGAGAAAUCACCGGAGCAUUCUCCUGAAACAGCAAGAUCCAAGAAAAAAUCUGUUGAUUCUUCUGACAGUACUAACAGUAUUGCUGAACAGAAAAAGAUUAAAUCGGAACUUCCAUAUUCAAGAUCAGGAGAUGGAAUGUCUGAAUAUCCUCCAAGUGAAGAUGUCUUUAGUUCAUUACAUGGGAUUUCUCAACCACUAUCUGGAUAUCCAUCUCACACUCACAUGCCUCAUCCUCCCCCACCGAUAGCACCAACAUCCUCGACACACAGACAUAACUCAUACUACUCUGAUGCAUCUGGCAGUAGUACAUCUACAUCUCCAUAUAGUAUGCCACCCAAGAAUCCAGAUUUCGAUCCUUUUGCAGCAGGUGGUUUCCCUUCUUUUGAUCAAGCGGCUGGAAUAAUGACAAUGUUCGGUGGGGGUGCGGAAGGAGGAGAUAUCACUUCAAUGAUGGGUGCUGGAGGUUUUGAUUCAAUGUCUUUUCUGCAAGGAAUGUUUAUGAAUAGCCAAAAUGAUCCAGAAAAACCUCAUUCUCUAUUUCAACACUUCUGCGACAUUAUGACAUGGGGAAUUAAAAAGGUGAUUGAAUUCUGCAAAUGCAUCCCUGAGUUUCAAGAAUUAUCAACAGUAGAUCAAAUCAAUUUGUUGAGAGGAGGGUGCCUUGAAAUGCUCGUAUUGAGGUCUUAUUUUGCCUUUGCAUCAGAUGGAAACAACUAUAUGUCAGAUAAAUUUCAGUAUUCACCGACCGAUUUUUUACAAGCUGGUGCAAGCUCUGAAUUUGUGGAACAAUAUACUAAAGUUCACAUGAGGAUGAGAAAAAUGAAAUUAAAGGUGGAGGAAAUCUGUCUUCUUAUUGGUCUUGUGUUAUUCUCACCGGAUAGACCAGGAGUUCAAAAUUGCGAGAAGGUAGAAUUGAUGCAAAAAAGAAUUGCACAAGCUUUACGUGCUUAUGAAUAUACAAACAACGACCCUGAAAAAGCAUGCAUCAUAUAUUCAGAGCUUCUUCUGCUUCUCCCUGUCUUAAGAACGAUAAACGUCUUAUUUUCCAACACAAUUUUGACUCUGAAAGGCACCAACGAAGAUGAUAUGAACCCGUUAAUACUGGAAGUGAACAAUUAAAAUAAAAUAAAACGAUUUUUUUUUUUUUUUAUCUGAGAUUUUCUUUAUUGGUGUCAUAAACUAUAUCGGUGAACAUUCAGUUAAAAUUACUUGUGCACUGAGAAUUUUUAACUUGACACUAACUUCGUUGAGGAAUUUAUCGGAGCUAAAUUUGAAAUUAAGUGAAAGGUGUAUUGCAGAAAUCUAAAAAUCAAAUUUGCUAUUUUAUAUGUACUCACUUUGUAUGGCUGUAUCAUGUUAUUUAAAAAUGAAUUUUUAAAAGUACCAAAAUUAUCAAAAAUAACUGAAAUUUUUGAAAAUAGCCAAUACUUUUGAAAAUUUUUAAUCAUGUGAUAAAUGAAUUUAAAAUAUCAAAAGUUCUUGAAAAAUUUAUUUACCACCUACUAUCUGUAUGGUUCGAUCCAUGAAAAUUUAGCCAAUGGAAGUCCACUCAGAAAAGUUUCCCACGAAAUUUUCUUAAUGGGAGAUUUGCGUGGAAUAUCCCACGGAGAAAAUUGUUGAAAUAAUAAAUUUCUCUACCAUCCAUGGCAAAUAUGGUACUUUCAAAAUUAGCUGCAAUAUCUUUCUGAUGGGCCUACAACAGAUUUAAAUUUGUUUCCCAAAAGUGAUUUUGAAUGAUAAUACAGGGAUAGCAGAAGCUUAUUGAAGCCUUGAAAGACAAAAACUACCUAUUUCAGUGUAGAAACUGAAAGAAAUUUGAAGAGCUGUAGUAAAAUCACAUGAAUUUUUAUUUAAUUUUUUUCGAAUUCUUUUACUAGCGGAUGUGGUUUGUCAUUAUGGUUUUGGACAUGAUUUUAUUAAUACUUUCACAGUUUCAGUUUAUUUUUUGUACAUACCACCAUGUUCCAAACGAUUUAUUUUUAAUUCUAUUACCUGAUUAUUAAUUAUAAUAACAGCAUUUUAACGGUUUUUUUUUCCACCCUUUUCUUUGUAUAGUAUAUAAAUCUUGUGCUCUCUUUGCAGCAUUUUUUUGACUUGACUUAUUGUUAUUUGUUUAUAAAUGUUCACAAUCAUGUUGUUGAAAUAUUCAAAAUUCGGAUAAUUAAAAAAAUGGUUUCUGAUAAGUUUCAACAAAUGUGUUUUACUCUUGGGUAACGUUGUUAGCACUCAAAUUGUUCACUUUGAUUGAAUACACUCACUAACAUGAUUUGUGUUUAUGAAUUGUCACAUAUGUGACUUAGGAAAAAAAGGCGUUAUGUUAUGUGUUUGAUUGCUUUUUUUCCUAUUGGCCGUUUUUUGUUUUAAAUGCAUUUUCAACAUUUAUAUUUGUGUUUAUUUCGGGUUUUAAUAUCAAAUAUUUGAACUUAUGGGUGGCCCUAUAAAAAACAUAACCCAGGUAAUUUAGAACAUAUUCUACAGAUGAUUUAACUUUGGUCCAAAACGUCCUAGAUUACUAAAAUUUUUAGUUAGAAUCGACAAUCGUGCAAAAACAGAAGUUGAAGUGUUACAAUAAAUUUCUUCAUACUAAUACAAGGUAGAUUAUGAAGAGAAUGCUGUUACAUUAUUCCAAAGAGUUACUACAAAAGGAAUGUGUAUUAUUUUAAUUGUAUGGUAUAAUUGGUCUUUGUCCUUGCCGUUAGCAGAUUUUGGGAAUUUCUCUUAAUAUUUCACAUUCUAACCUUAUCCUGACUUCAUAGGUUUUAAGCUUUUACUACUCUACAUUUGAACUGAUGAUAUAAUUGACUGUAUAUUUUGAUGACAUAAAAGUUUCAUGGAUUAUCAGUUUUGGUUUACUGUGCAUUCAAAUUAAUGCCUCGAAUUUGUAUAGUUUCUUGCUUCUCUAUAAAAUUCUUGACGCUAAAUCAAAGGCCCCAUUCAUAUUGAGUAUUGCUGACAGAAUAAUUUCAGACAGAUAAAACAGGUUGACCUAAAAAACAGAGCCAGGUCAUUUGGAUCAUAUUUAGAGAGAAUAUAUAUAUUGUGUACAAUCUUACACAAAGAAAAUUUAAAAUGUUAAAUAAAUUUCUUUAUUUUCGUAAAGAUAAUUAAGAAAUUUAUGGGUACCACUUCGGGUAAUCUUGUAUUUGUUAUGGUAAUUGGUAUUAAAUGAUAUAAGUUUAGUGAAAUUUUAUGUGCUUUUCGUAUUUGUCUGGGGAAAAUUCUUCCCUUGCAAAUUGUGGAUUUUUCACAAAAACUGACGCCUGGAGCGCCCAUAUUUGGCACACAUAUCACAGAAUCUAAAUGUUAAUGUCAGUGAUUUUACUUAUUUUUAAUCAGUUUAGCCCAAACUCUCUUUGAAAAACUCUUUUUUUUUGUAUUGGUGAAAUUGUAAAUUGGAUCGGAAACUGUUUUCGGAUUUUAUAAGGGCAUACGCAUUCAGAGAUCCAUUGAUAUCUCAAUAAAUAUUAGGGGAUUUCACUCUACUAUUUGCUGUAUACCAAAAACUGCCUCUGGGUAUUACUACCUCACAAUUGAUCAAUAAAUGCUAAUGAAUUGUUUCUUUUUAGUGUUUUAUUUUGUUAUCCCGAGGUAUAACUUUAUUUUCAUAUAUUUGUCCCUCAGAAAAUUCUGCCAUUGUUUUAUGCUCUACAAUGAACUAAGCCAGGGGUCGGGAACCUUUUUGGUCAAGAGAGCCCUAAAAGGCACAUAUUUUCAAUUGCAUUUCCGUGUGAGCCAUACAGUAUUUUUCAUUUAAUGAGGCCUGAAAUUUUUACUCAAAACACAUACCAUAUACAUUUAUUGUGACUAAUGAUUCUUGAACGGCUGCUCACAUGCAGCACAAGUUGAAAUCUACGAUACUCAUCACCCUUUUUUUGUUUCGUCAUCUCCAUAGUACUUUAAAAACUAUCGCUUUGUGAUGUCACAAAAUAUGUUCCAGAAUCCCCUAGUUUUGUCACAAUACCUGUUUGGAAAUUCUCUUACAUGUACUGGGCGCACGUUCUCGAACGUAUUGGGAAUUUUCUGUCAAAUUUGUUUAUAAAAGAGUUUGAAAUCUCGUAACAAUAGUAAGCUUAGCCUUAGAACAUUAGAAUUUUCUGGGAGCCACAUGUCGUCACCAAAAGAGCCAUAUAUGGCUCGCGAGCCAUGGGUUCCCGACCCCUGAACUAAGCGGUAAUAAUUUGGUUUGUGUGUUUAAAUUAAGACUAUAGCUUUCAUUAGUUGACUAGCAGCUAGCUACCUUGAUUAUUUGUUGGAAUUUGGUGCUUGUCACUGACGCUCGUCAUUAUAGGAUUUGAUGUCGUCUACUGGUGUUCUACUAUUGGUAAUAUACUAAUAUAGAAACAUGUCUACUUCAAUGAAUUUUCAAUAUCUAACAAUAUAUACAAGCACUUUUUAACCUAUCCUGAUGAUUGCUAUCCUAUUGUGGAGUCGAAAAGAAGUAACUCCAAUAACACCAAAUUCGAAUCGCAACUUUAGAAUCCUGGGUUCUGUGACGAAAUUUUGCCUGCGAAAGUUUUAUUUUUGGCAAGGUUUGCCUGUUUCGAUUGCGAAUUUUGUCUCCAAAUAUCAGACGUCCGGGUUUAAUGUUCCAAUUUGGGUAAUUCAAGAUUCCCAUUCCAGAAAACGACUUUGUAACAAAAAUUGUCAAUGACUAGAACCCUGGUCUCAUUCUUUAGCUGUAGUUCAUCCUAAUCAUUUUAAUAAGCAAUGACAUUUCAACAGCUCUUGUUCUGAUUGGCUGUAUAUUGGAGUGCCGUUGAUGACAAAAGCACAUGUCAGCUUUUACUUUUUUUUGUUGCCAAUGAGUUCUAUGGAGUUCCUACUUAUUGUAUUACAUAACUUUAUUUUUCUUCCACUUGUGUCCGUCUUAUUCACAACUUGCUUCAGUUAAGUUCGAGCCAAAAAUGAACUAUCGAUAGCUGAUGUUUCGUGACCUAAUUCAUUACUCCUGAAGUAUGUGCACCACGAUGUUGCACAACCUGAACCCUAACCCGGUACACAACCUGUGUUCAGGUUGUGCGCCAUCUUGGUGCGCAUACUCCAGGAGGUCCCCUGAUUCUGUGGUAUAAUUUUUAUCGUAAAUUUUUUGUAUAUUAUUAUUAUGAACAAAGACGAAUAUAAGGGGGUUGCUCAUUUGUGUGUUAUAAAAAUUGUUUUUUCGCUAUUACUUAGUACAAGCGCAGAUAUUAUAAUAAUAAAUGUGUACAAAGUUUUAGCCUCGA